CUUAAUAUAUGCUUAACUUUUUUACGAGUAACGGGGCUAGCUAUUUAAUUAAAGCGAAACAUUUUAGACGAGUCAGAACCUAUCUAUCCCAUAGUUACGUCGAGGAUGAAAUUAGGUAAAUCGGUUAAAAUGUGGUUCGUGUCUGCACUCUUAGCUUUAUCGACGAUGGGCAUUAGAUCAGCGCCGGUAGAUGAUCCCAUAAGAGUGGAUCUACCAGUCUACGAUCAACCCCAGUCAGGGUCUGACGAUGUCUACCUCUCCCGGCCUCUGGCGUUCGAAAGUUAUGACCAUCCGAAAAAAGACAACUCCAUAGUUGGAAAUCUCCUCUCGCACAAGUUAAACUCUGCACCUCUCUUCGGAUCAGCAGAUUCAACUAUAAAGAGUGGAUCUCUGAACAUCCAAGGAUCGGAGGGCUGGUUCGCGCCUCCCGUGACCAGCCUCGAAGGUGCUUUGUUGGAGACCGAGGACAUCGGCAGCAAGGCCCUCUCUGUCAAAGACAACUUGCAUAGCAUUGUGGCUGGAAUAUUACAGCCAAAACCGAUAGUAGACACUAUAAAGGAGGAGGAGAAAUACGGGAAUACUGGAGACAAAUUUAUAGGAGCCGGCCGCGCUUUAGUUAGUGGGGCCGAGGGCGUCUCCAACUUUGUUAACUCAAUCAUAGAGGUGCCAGGAUCGAUACUAAGGAAGAUAACUAAAGCCGCAUCAGAAAAGUUAAAUAAUCUGGGCGGAAGACUAAUCGGAUUGUAACAUAUGAACUAUCUGUUACAUGUGCUAUGUGACACUAUAAUUACCUAUAUUAGUUUUACUUAGUAGACAUAAGGAUUGUUAGAUAAUUUUAGUUUAUUUACGAUCACAGGUUGUUAACAUUUUGUCAAUUAUACU